AUGAAAGCCGCCCUCGCACUGCUGGCCGUCGUGGCCUGCGUGGCCGCCGAAGUCUACUUCAAGGAGGAGUUCAACGACGACUCCUGGGAGAAACGAUGGGUCCAGUCGAAGCACAAGGACGACUUCGGAGAGUUCAAGCUGUCCGCCGGCAAGCAUUUUGGCGACGCCAAGCGUGACCAGGGACUGAAAACUUCUCAGGAUGCUCGUUUCUACUCUCGCGGUGUCUCCUACCCCAAGUUCUCCAACAAGGGCAAGAGCGUCGUCAUCCAGUUCACCGUCAAGCACGAGCAGGGCAUCGACUGCGGUGGUGGCUACCUGAAGGUGAUGCGCUCCGACGCGGACCUGGCCGACUUCCACGGCGAGACCCCGUACAACGUCAUGUUCGGCCCGGAUAUCUGCGGCUCCACCAAGAAAGUGCACGUCAUCUUCUCGUACAAGGGCAAGAACCACCAGAUCAAGAAGGAGAUCCGUUGCAAGGAUGACGAGCUCACCCAUCUCUACACCCUCAUCCUCAACCCCGACAACACCUACGAGGUCCAGAUCGACGGCGAGAAGGUCGAGAGCGGAGAGCUUGAGGCCGACUUCGACCUCCUCCCCGCCAAGAAGAUCAAGGACCCCGACGCGAAGAAGCCGGAGGACUGGGAUGAGCGCGAGUACAUCGAUGACGCCGAGGACAAGAAGCCGGAGGACUGGGACAAGCCCGAGCACAUCCCUGAUGCUGACGCCAAGAAGCCCGAGGACUGGGAUGAUGAUAUGGAUGGAGACUGGGAGGCCCCUAUGAUCGACAACCCCGACUACAAGGGCGAGUGGAAGCCGAAGCAGAUCAAGAACCCCGAGUACAAGGGCAAGUGGGUGCACCCCGAGAUUGACAACCCGGAGUACUCCCCUGAUGACAACCUGUACCUGUACGAGGACUUUGGAGCUGUUGGUAUCGACAUCUGGCAGGUCAAGUCGGGCACGAUCUUUGACAACAUCCUCAUCGCCGACUCGCUCGACGAUGCCAAGGCGCACGCUGCGGAGACCUUCGACAAGUUGAAGCCCGCCGAGAAGGAAUCCAAGGACAAGGCCGACGAGGAGGAGCGCAAGAAGCGUGAGGAAGAGGAGAAGAAGAAGGCUGAGGAGGAGGAGAGCAAGAAGGACGAGGAUGCCGAUGAGAAGGAUGAUGAGGAGGACAAGGAUGAGCACGAGAAGGACGAACUC